AUGUCGACGCCCCUGGUCUUCCUCAUCACAGGCGCCUCCAACGGCCUCGGCCUCAGCCUCGCCAAAACCAUCCUCGCCGCCGGCCACAAAGUCGUCGCAACAAUGCGCAACCCCUCCAAAGCGCCCUCCGGCCUCGACUCCCCCAACUGCGCCAAAAUCACCCUAGACGUAACAUCCCCUACCCUCGAACAAGACCUCCAACCCUGCAUCGCCGCUUUCGGACACAUCGACGUCCUCAUCAACAACGCCGGCUACGGCUACGGUGGGCCCCUCGAGGACUGCGACUUCGACGCCGCCCGCAAGAUGGUCGAAACGCUCUUCUGGGGCCCCAUGCGCCUGACCAAAGCCCUCAUCCCACACUUCCGCUCGCUCGGACACGGGCAUAUCAUCAACAUCACCUCCACCGAGGGCAUCGGGGGGCAGCCCGCCUUAUCCUUCUACGCCGCCUCCAAACAUGCCCUCGAAGGCGCCUCCGAAUCUCUUGCCGGCGAACUCGCCCCCUUCAACAUCCGCGUCCUGAUCGUCCAGCCCGGCGGUAUGCGUACAGGUUUCAUGGAACCCGGGCGGAUGUCCGCCGCUUCGAUCUCCUCGCACUACGAGAACAGCCCCGCGGACUGGGUCAUGGGUGCGAUCCGGGGCAUGGAUGGGAAUCAGAACCUAGAUCCCGACCGGUGUGCAAAGAGGAUCUUGGAGGCUGUUGUCGGGGGUGGGGUGGGUUGGCCGGAAGGCGGCAUUGGGGAGUUUUUGAGACUGCCGCUUGGGAAUGAGUUUUUGGGGCGGUUCGAGGGGAAGAUGGAGAUGGUUAGGAGGAAUGUUGAUGCGCUGGAGAGGGUGGCGAGGAGUUGUGAUUUUGAGUAG